AUGUCGACAAGUAAUCAGCAAGAAACUGGUCCUUCUUAUGUCGGGAAAAUUGCAGGUAGUAAAGUAGAUCAUCCAUACGAACGGGUGAGAUGGACAGAUGAUAUGGUGAAGCUUCUGAUAACUGCAAUGUCUUACGUAGCAGAGUACGAUGCAUUGAAUUCUGAUCAUUCUGAAGCUAAAAUUGAAAGGUUUUUAAUCCCAAAGACAGGGAAAUGGAGGGCUAUUUCAAAUGUUAUGCUCGAAAGAGGUUAUCGGGUAUCGCCCCAUCAAUGCGAGGACAAGUUCAAUGAUUUGAACAAGAAGUACAAGAGAUUGAAUGUAUUGCUUGGCAGAGGCACAGCUUGUCAGGUUGUAGAGAAUCCGGAGCUCAUUGGAUCGGUGGAUUUGUCUGAUAAAGAACUGCUUGAAGUGGUGAAGAUUUUAAGCUGUAAACAGCUGUUCUAUCGCGAAAUGUGCUCGUUUAAUAAUCGCAAUCGUGAGUGUCUUCCUCAUGAUCCGUCUGUCCAUGAUUCACUUUUGUUGGCUCUAAUCAAAGGCAAAGGCAAUAGGUUGCCGGAGGCGAUUCAUGAGAUUUCUGCAGGAAGAAUGAAAGAGGUUGAGAACCCUAAAGUUGCUGGAACAAAGAGGCCUUUGAGGUGUAACGCUUCCAGCAAGGGCGAAAAGUUAGUGGAUAAAACAAUGAGCUCUCGCUUGCUAGAUUUGGAGAAGGAAAAAUUACAUAUACAGAAGAAGAUAUUAGAAGUGGAGAAAUUAAUACUCAUUGAAAGCCAAAAAAAGGACUUAGAAUUGGAAAAAAUGAGGAUGGAAAACAAGAUGAUCAAGCUUGAGAAUCAACGUAUAGCCUUUGAAAUAAGACAGCAAAUGAUCAAGAGGAACAUUUCAUGCUGUAAAAGAGAUGAGUGA